GCUUGAUCAAGUCCACAUCAGAAAAUGCAUCCGUCCACUUUCCCUGCUGCUUUUCUGAACAACUGCUCAGUCUUCUCAUCUCUUCUUUCCCCUUGGAGGUUCUCGCAUGAAAAUUGUAGAUGGAUGAUAGUGAUUCACCUCCCGUUGUCCAAGGAGCCGCUUCUUUGAUUCCCGUCGACCUCUUUGUCUCAAAGAAGCAUCCCGGAGUUCCACCGGGCGAUCUGGGUUUCGCCGAUUCCUCUGGGGACAUACUCUUUCGGGUCGCUCGUGUUCCUGCUUCCAGAGACUGGAAUACAUCGGCAUCCCGCAAGAAGCUUCUGCUCGAUUCUUCUGGUAGUCACUUGAUUUCCUUGCACCGCCUGGAUAAGAGGUCGUGGAAAGGAUUUGAAGGAGGUGAAGAUGCAGAAAAAGAUAUGAUAUUCAGAGUUAAAAGGACCGUGAGUACGCUUUGCAGAACUGAGCUUGAGGUGUUCCUUACUGGACAAAAUUCGGGAGAUCAGUCUAAACCAGACUUCAAGGUGAAAGGAUGUUGCUUUCAACGAUCAUGCACCAUCUACAGUGGCGAUUCGAUUGUAGCCCAGACUAGCCUGAUGUACAAGCUUCACCAGAUACACGCCAGAAGGAACAAGUUUCGGCUGACCAUAUUUCCUGGAUCGAUAGAUCACGCACUGGUGGUGGCUCUGGUGGUGCAGAGGGUCAUAAUCCCAAACAAGGAUGGAGAGAAACUGGUGGGAGUGCUGCACGAUUCUGGAUCCAAGGAAAUCGUGAUCCUCUGCCAUGGCUUCCAAUGUUCAAAGGAUCAUAGAGCCAUGGUAAAUCUUGCUACAACAUUGGAGAAGGAAGGAAUCACAGCCUUCCGUUUUGACUUUUCUGGUAAUGGUGAAAGUGAAGGCUCGUUUGCUUUUGGUAACUACAAGAAGGAAGUUGAUGACUUGCGCUCUGUAGUUGAACACUUCGCUGCUGAAAACCGAGUUGUCACUGUGAUGCUUGGGCAUAGCAGAGGAGGUGGUGUGGUGCUUCUAUAUGCAUCAAAGUUCCACAGCAUAAGAGCAGUCGUAAAUACUUCAGGCCGGUAUGACCUGAAAUCGGGCAUUAAGGAGCGUCUUGGGGAAGACUUUCUCGAAAGAAUCAAGCGAGAAGGAUUCAUCGAUGUGAAGAAUCGAGCAGGAGAGGUCAAGUUUCGGGUCACUGAAGCAGAUUUGAUGGAUCGAAUGAACAUUAAUAUGCAUAAAGCGUGCCAGCAGAUUGACAAAGAUUGCAGAGUGCUGACCAUCCAUGGAUCUGCAGACGAGGUUAUCCCGGUUGGAGAUGCGUACAAGUUUGCGAAGAUCAUACCAAACCACGAGUUGCACAUCGUGGAAGGGGCUGAUCAUGGAUACAAGUUGCAUCAAGCUGAGCUAGCAUCUGCUGUUUUGCAGUUCGUCAAGUCAAUACUCACUCAGGACACUGGUGCCGGUACCUAGCUAAGCUACCCACCUCCAUUCGGGGAUGCUCGAAGCCUGCAUAGGCAACAGUUAUGGGCUAUUUACUGAUAUUGGUUGGUAGGCCUUUGUUUGCUUAAUUUGGGCUCCAUUGUUGGGUUAUCAACUUUAUCUUUGGCCUUAAAUGUUCACAACUAUACGUGGGCACCGGACCGUGCCGCCCACAGGCUAGCACGGCACGAGCACAAAAUAAAUGGGUCAGUCCCGCACGAGCACGAAUAAUUUAUGGGUCGUGCCGGGCCUAAACUUCAUGG